CUGCCGGCUGACCAGGAGAUGAGGGAGCCCCAGGCUUCAGGCUCUAAAGAGGCUCCAGUCAGUAACUAGACUUGAGCGGUGAGGGUCAAACUGGCAGACUGUGCUAAACUCAACUACCCAUCGGACCGUCCACUUUCCCCUGGGCAAUAGAAGACAGGUGGCUUGACCCUGGGCUAAGGGUAGGUGUGGCACUAGUGUCUGCUGCUGCUUUGCCCUCAUCCGCCUCUCCACAAAAGCAGACUCAAUAUAAGAAGAAGCAACUGCCCACCGAGGCUCCGGUCCUGACCUGGGGCCAUUCACCAGGAUCAUGAGGGUCCCUGGUGUUCAUCUCCAGCUGGUGCUACUGUGGGGGGUGGUGCUUCGGGCACUAAUGGCACAGGGGGCAAGGUCUGUGUGUCCCUCCUGUGGGGUCCCCACACUGGCACCCCAAGCAGAACGGGCUCUGGUCCUGGAGUUAGCCAAGCAGCAAAUCCUGGAGGGGCUGCAGCUGACCAGUCGUCCCAGGAUAGCUAACCCACCGCCCCAGGCGGCACUGACCAGAGCUCUCCGGAGACUGCAGCAGGGGAGCGCGGCUCCCACGAGUGGGGAGGAAGUCAUCGGCUUUGCCACCGCCACAGACUCCUCCACUUCAGCCUGCAGCUCCACGCUCACCUUCCACGUGUCCACUCCUCGGUCCCACCGUCUGUACCACGCUCGCCUGUGGUUGCACGUGCUCCCCACCCUUCCGGGCACUCUGUACUUGAGGAUCUUCCGAUGGAGCCUAAGGAGGAGGCGCAGAGGGUCCCCCGCCUUCCUGGCUGAACACCAAAUUACAACCCCCGGCUGGCAUGCCCUAAUUCUGCCCUCUAGUGGCUUGAGAGGUGAGGAGUCUCCUGUCCUGAGACUUCAACUGGACUGCAGACCCCUGGAAGGCAACAGCACAGCUGCCGGACUACCUCAACGGCUCCUGGACACAGAGGGAAACCAGCGGCCCUUCCUGGAGCUUAAGAUUCGGCCCAGUGAGCUGGGAGCAGGGAGGGCCAGGAGGAGGACCCCCACCUGCGAGCCUGAGACACCCUUAUGCUGUAGGCGAGACCAUUAUGUAGACUUUCAGGAACUGGGAUGGCGGGACUGGAUCCUGCAACCUGAGGGGUACCAGCUGAAUUACUGCAGUGGGCAGUGCCCCUCCCACCUGGCUGGCAGUCCGGGCAUUGCUGCUUCCUUCCAUUCUGCUGUCUUCAGCCUCCUCAAGGCUAACAACCCUUGGUCCUUGGGUACCUCCUGCUGUGUCCCUACUGCCCGAAGACCUCUCUCUCUCCUCUACCUGAACCGUGAUGGCAAUGUGGUCAAAACAGAUGUGCCGGAUAUGGUGGUGGAGGCCUGUGGCUGUAGCUAGCAAGAGGGCCUGAGGGUUUGAAGUAAAGAAAUCAAGUUUGGGAUUCCUAGGCAAAGGGCAUCUGUGGCUAGAGGCAUCAGAUUCCUGAUCUGCUGCACCCUCAUCCAAUGGGCCACAUGGAGAUAUGACUAGGCUGACCCCCAUGAGACCCGAAUGGACACUUGAUUGUCCAGACUCUGGCCUAUUCCAGGCUGCCUGAUGUGUGGGAAGAUGGGAAACGUGUGUCCUCUGAAGGAAUCUACCCAGAAAGCAUGAUUUCCUACCCUAAGCCCUAUGAAAAAAAAAUG